AUGCUUCCCACAAACCUCAUCGCUCUGCUUGUGGCCGCCGGCUCGGUCGUCGAUGCCGGGGCGCUGAUCCCCCGUCAGGCCAAGAACCUUACCCUGCGCAUCACGUCCUUCAACAUUCGGUUCGACGCCGACGCCAGCAAGCGUGAGAAGCAGGAGAAGGCCUGGAGUGAGCGCGGCCCCGUGUUGAUCAAGACCAUGACCGACAUCGCGGCCAAGCCGGCCACCGCCGGCUCGGCCUCCGUGUUUGGGCUGCAGGAGGUGCUCAGCAACCAGCUGAACGACAUCAAGAAGGGCCUGGGCUCGGGAUGGGACCACAUUGGCGUGGCGCGCGAGGACGGCAAGUCCAAGGGCGAGUUCAGUCCCAUCAUCUACAACACAAAGGACCUCAAGGUGGUGACGAGCGCGACCAAGUGGCUCACCGAGACGCCCGACAAGCCCAGCAAGGCGUCGGGCGCCGGCAGCAGCCGCAUCGUGACGCUGGCCGUGUUCGAGCACAUCGCGACCAAGACUCGCUUCCUGCACGCCAACACGCACCUCGACAACGUGUCGCCCGAGGCCCGCAUCGCCGGCAUCAAGGUCGCCGUCGCACAGAUGCAGGAAAUGUCCAAGGCCCAGGGCGGAAAGCUGCCCGUGUCGCUGACCGGAGACUUCAACGCCGUGGCCGGCGGCGACGCCCCCAAGGCCCUGGCCGACAUGAACUACCUCAAGGACGUGCACGACGUCGCGACGGCGGCGCAGCGCAGCGGAGAGGAACUCACCUACACCGCGUUCGAGCAGGGCAAGGGCCGCGGCAGGAUCGACUUUGUGUGGAUCGGUCCCAACUCCGACUCGCCUUACACGGUGCAGAAGUACGAGGUCCGCGCCAACUUUGUCGACAACCUCUUCAUGAGCGACCACCGGGCUGUGGUUGCGGACAUCGCAAUGAAAUGA